UCUAAUAGGGGAAACAGGAAGUGGUAAAACCACACAGAUACCACAGUAUCUUUUGGAGGCCAAUGUGAACAAAAAUGCCAUUAUUGCUAUAACACAGCCCAGACGAGUUGCAGCCAUCACGAUAUCACAGAGAGUGGCAGAAGAACAGGGGACAGAACUGGGACAGCGGGUUGGUUACUGUGUGAGAUUUGAGGAUGUCACAUCAGAGAAUACUAAAAUCAAGUACAUGACUGAUGGAAUGCUACUAAGGGAAGCAAUCCUGGACCCUCUAAUGAAGAGGUAUUCAAUAGUGAUUUUGGAUGAGGCUCACGAGAGGACUAUACACACAGAUGUUCUGUUUGGAGUGGUGAAACAAGCUCAGGCCCGGCGGAAGUCGAGGGGAAUCAGACCGCUCAAAAUACUUGUAAUGUCUGCCACAAUGGACGUAGAUCACUUUUCAGCAUACUUCAAUGCUGCCCCGGUGUUAUAUCUGGAGGGAAGGCAAUAUCCUGUACAGGUAUACUAUGCCCCAGAGCCUCAAUCUGACUACACGUUCUCUUCCAUAGUCACAUUGUUUCAAAUCCACAGAGUGGAACCCCCAAAUAAGGACAUACUGAUGUUUCUAACUGGGCAGGAGGAGAUAGAGUCUGCCGUGAGAACCAUAAGGGACAUAACUCGGUCAGCAGAAGAAAACAUGGCUCCCCUGAUUGUCUGCCCUUUGUAUGCAGCUCUCCCUUCCUAUGCUCAACUCAAAGUCUUCAAACCAACUCCUAGGGGUUGUAGGAAGGUGAUAGUUGCCACCAAUAUUGCUGAGACUUCAGUCACCAUACAGGGAAUCAAGUUUGUCAUAGACUCGGGGGUUGUCAAAGCCAAAGUAUUCAACCCCAACAGUGGCCUUGACCUUUUGAAGGUUGUUAAAGUGUCCAAGGCCCAGGCCUUACAGAGGACCGGGAGGGCAGGGCGGGAAUCAGCGGGGUCCUGUUACAGGCUUUAUACUGAACAAGAAUUUGAACACUUUAGUGACAACACUGUCCCAGAGAUCCAAAGGUGUAAUCUAUCCAGUGUUGUCCUUCAACUUCUGGCCCUCGGAAUCUCUGACAUCAUCAACUUUGACUUCAUGGAUAAACCAUCCACAGAGUCCAUCAUUGCUGCUGUCCAUCAACUACAUAAUCUUGGAGCAGUGGUGAAAGAAAUCUCAAUAAAGUUAACUCCAGUCGGGCGGCAGAUGGCAGCGUUUCCUCUGGAACCCAGACUCAGUAAAACUCUACUGAUCGCCAAGGAGAAUAACUGCUUGGAGGAGAUUUUAACCAUUGUGUCACUGCUUUCUGUGGAUUCUGUUUUGGUCACACCUCAAAGCAAGAGAGAGGAAGCUCUAGCAGCCAGACAAAAGUUUGUGUCCAGUGAAGGAGACCAUAUUAUGCUGCUAAAUAUAUAUAAAGGGUAUAAAGCUGUCAAAGGCAGUAAGGAAUGGUGUAUGGAAAACUUCAUCAAUCAGAGAAACAUGAAGACAGCGACUGAGGUCAGGAAACAGCUGUACGAUAUCUGUGAGAGAAUGGAGUUCCCAAGAAAGUCUUGUGGGAAUGACACCGCCACCAUCAGAAAAUGCUUGGCUCAUGGAUUCUUCAUGAAUGCUGCUGAAUUACAAAAGGACAGCUCUGAAUACACAUCAUUAUCAUCCAGGAAGACCGUAUCUAUCCAUCCAUCAUCUGUACUGUUCAGGUGCAAGCCUGCUUAUGUCAUUUACAAUGAGCUCAUCCAGACUACCAAGUGUUACAUGAGAGAUCUAUGUGUGGUGGAUCCAGACUGGCUAUACGAGGCAGCCCCUAUCUACUUCAAAAGGAAGAAACCGGGAACUUAAUGUUGUUGAUGUUAAUGAUAAUAAAUUGUUACUUUAUACCA